AUGGCGACAUCCAGAUUUAUCAAUAUUGAAAGGCGGCUUCAACGAGACGAAACGUUAAGAGUGGAAUACGUUAAAUUCAUGAAUGAAUACAUAGAUAUGGGGCACAUGCGAGAAGUAAAGUGUGAAGAAAGGUUGCUAAAGAAUGCAUACUAUCUACCACAUCAUCCAGUGUUAAAAUUAUCUAGUCUUACGACAAAGACUAGGGUGGUUUUCGAUGGCUCAGCAAGAACUACAUCUGGAUUAUCACUAAAUGAUGUGCUGAUGCGUGGACCUACGGUUCAAGAAGAUAUCUUUUCAAUAUUAACUCGAUUUCGGAAACAUCAGUACGUCAUUACGGCUGACAUUGAGAAAAUGUUUCGCCAGAUAAUGGUAGCUGAGGAAGAUUGCCAUUUACAAAGGGUACUUUGGCGUGCAAAUCCUAGUGAAGAAAUCCGCACUUAUAAUCUUUUGACAGUCACAUAUGGAACUACGCCCGCCUCGUUUAUGGCAACGCAAUGUUUAGUGACACUCGCUCAAGAGUAUAAAAACAAAAAUAGAAAAGUGGCACAAGUAAUUGAUAGAGAUUUCUACAUGGAUGAUUUAAUGACGGGUUGUGAUACAGUAGAAGAAUGUAUGCAGCUGCAGAAAGAUAUAACUGUCGUCUUAGAAUCUGCAAAAUUACCAUUACGCAAAUGGUGCUCAAAUUCUCCCACCAUCAUUGCCACCAUAAGUGAUAACCAAAAAAAUCAGGAAAACAAAAAAAAAAAGUGA